AUGUCCUGCAGCGGAGGCAUCUGCGGCGGCGCACAAGGCCACUUCCCAGACCCCAACAAACGCGGCAGCACGGGCGGCGCCUACCGGGUGACGGACCCUCGCGCCGCGUCCGCCGUCCGCCGCCCGACAUACUUCAACCCGACGCUGCACCGCAUCUCGGUCGUGGCGCAGAACCCGACCACGAUUUCCCUGCGCGAGUUUGGCACCUUGCUGGUGUUCCUCUUUGCCCUCUACAAGGGAUUCUUCGUCGCCGCCUCCGCAGACCGCCUGCUGCGCCUCGAGCCCGUCGUCUCCGUCUGCCCCUACCACGCCGCGCUCCCCUGCGUCUGGAGGUACCUGCAGCUCCUGUUUGGUCUGUUUGCCUACCGCUGGGCCGGGGCCGUCGUGCCGUGGGCUUGCGUGGCGGCCGUGGCGGUCUUCUUUGGCGAGGAGGCGCUCGGGAUGCUGCGGGGGAGGGGGCGGAAGUGA